GCACGCAGUUUCCUUCAUCUUUCACGUCAUUCGUCGGCUUGUGAUACACAGCAAUGGCCACUUCUUUGGUUGUGCAGAGGUUAGCAGGAGUUUCGGGGGCGCUCGCUGUCGCAGCGGGGGCAUACGGAGCGCAUGGUUUCAAAAACAAAGAUCCAGAAGACUACUCGAGAGUUCUUUAUGAGACGGCCAACAAGUACCACUUCUACCACAGCAUAGCUCUGCUGGGUGCCUCUCGCUGUAGGAAACCUGCUGUGGCGGGCACCCUCCUGUUAUUGGGCACAGGGGCGUUCUGUGGGUCCUUGUACCACCAGGCCCUGACGGAGGACCCUGUGCUGAGGAAAUUGGCUCCUUAUGGGGGCAUGUUCCUGAUCGCUGGCUGGCUGGCGAUAGCUAUCUGACCUGACCAUUAACCUCGGGCCCUUGAACCUUUGACCCCUACUGGUGCAGGAUGACCUUGCUAUGGGACACACACUGACUGUUAAGUUCAGAGGCCAGAGAAGUGGAAAUGCCAUGAUAGGUGGAUGGAGGGCUGGAUGGAGGGAAGGGGCGUUGGUAAAAUGUCACUUAUCUAAACCCUCCUCUUUUUCUGUGUGUGUUAAAUAGAAGAUAAGGUUGUGAGGGAACAGUUUUUAAUCUUCCGUCAUCACAGGCUGCCACAUACCCUGUGACUUAAAUUUGUGUGUGUGUGUGUGUGUGUGCUUGAGUUCGUGUCGAUCCAAAAUACGAAUGUACAUUUAUCCUUUAUCACAAAUAAACAUGUUGAAAAGAGUUGAUGACCACUUUUUC